AUGCGAUUCAUCGACACCUUCCCCGACGAACUCUCUGAUUCACACGAUGACAGCGAGUUCCCCACUACCAUUACCACCCGCCGGGGCAAGAAGACGGUCGCCUUCAGCGAUCCUAAGGACCCCGUCGGCAACCCAGACAACAUCCGUUAUCCCUCCAUGAGCGCGCAGCGUCGGCCGUCACGAAGGGCUACCGCCAUCGACGAUGACUCAGACAUGGAGGGCGCUUGGCACAGCCCUCAGCGGAAGUCCCGCGACACCUCGCCCGCCGCCGACGCUUCGCCCGCCGCCACGACAACGCUGCCUGAACGUCUGUACUUCGAGCGUCAACCCUCCAAGACCUUCGUCAUCCCUCAGAAGGACGACGCCACUACAUUCGAGUUAUGGGAGACCGACGCCGACGGAAAGCCGUCCCGACGCGACAAGGUCCUCAAGCUAGACGACCUAGAGGGUAUGGGCGUCGACCUCGACUUGCUAUCAAUCCUCACCAACAUGAUGGGACAACUGCGUUCCAUGUGGGCGGACAUUGGCAACGAGCGCGCCCGCUCCGACUACCUCAGCGAUCGCCAUGCAGAGCAGGUCGCGCAGGUGAAAACUCUGCUCGCCAGGGUCCAAGACCUCCAGGACGAGAGCGAAGGCUACAAGGGCGACCUCGACGAGUCCGCCAAACGUGUCGCGCAGCUACAAGACCAGCUCUCUGAGUCCGACCGUCGUGUCGCUCAAAUGGGCGAACAGCUCCGUGACGUCCAAGGCUCCGUUCACGUCGAUCACCAGGAUCUCCAGCGAGUAACCGCGAGCCUCCGCGAGAUGACCACCCGCAAGGCAACCUACAAGGACAGGUAUCACCAAGAGUACGCCGCACACGCCGCUGCUAAGAAAGACGCUCAGCGCGCCGCCCGGGCGCUGAACACUAGCAUCACUGACCUUCAGGUUCGCCUCAAGGCCGCCGAGGACGGGGCCCGUAAGAACCGAGUGUCCCGCCGCGCGCGGACAGGAACUACACCUCCGGACGACUCAGACGCCUCCGAUGACGACGAGUCAGACUCUCCCCGCUCCGCGCGCCCGUUGGGACGUCGUGAGCGUCGCCGCCGCAGCGUCUCCCCCGCCUCAGGCACUGAGGCAGAGGAAGGUGGCUACGACCGUCGCCAUCCUCGUUCGAAGAAGCACGAGCCCGAUGUCUUUUCUGGCGAAUCCACCACUGAGGCCGACUACGUCAAAUGGAAGAUGGACAUCACUGACUGGUUCGACCACUACAAGCAUGAGUUCGCUUCCGAGACUAAGAAGGUGAACUACCUGCGUCAGAAGACCAAGGGCGUGGCAUUCGGAAACAUCCAGCAGGGAUUCAUCAUCCCUGGCCAGGAGUUCUCGCAUUCCGACGACAUCUGGAUCAUCCUCGACUCGGUGUACCGAACCCUCAACGGCAACGUCACCGCUUUGCACUGGUACGAGAGCAACAAAUCACACAUGAAGACGGGUGAGACGAUGAGCGAGUACAUCGCCCGUUUCAACGUCGGUGUAGCUCCACUGGGAUGGACAGAUUCGGUCAAGAUUCAGUUCAUGCGCAACCGUCUCCCAGCGUGGUGGCGAGACAUGACCGCUAUGAAAGUCAUCGACGACAAGCUCUCCUUCGUGGAGUUCUGCCAGACCCUUCGCCUUCUCGAACAAGCCACUCCCCAUCGUCCCUCCAAUAACAUCGGCGGCAGGGGGGGCAACAACAACAACAACGGCGGCAGCGGCGGCAAGAAGGCUUCCACUGCCACCACCACCGGCGACCGAGGUAACAGCGGCAGCUCUGGCCCUCGCGGUCGCUCGGAGAUUCAGAUCAAGGUCCUGCGUCACUUGAACCGCUGCUACAACUGCCUCAGGAAGAACCACAGCUACAAAGCUCAAGGUGGUUACUGCUCUGGUCAGUCCCCCGCCGCGUUCAGCACCGAUCCGGACCUCCAGGAUGCCCUUGAAAAGGCCGUCGCCAACAACGGAGUACCAGUCGGCGAUCCAGUACGUCCCAAGCGCACCCCCGGUGCUGCGGUCGGCGUCAACGCCGUCGACAACUCCGGACCUCCCAGGCAUGAGAAGCCUCCCCCCAUGAGAACACCAGCACCUACACCAGCACCUACACCAGCACCUACACCAGCACCUAAUGCCCCCAUCCGACCACCUCCUUCACCGUAUGUAACGGAUGAUGACGACGGUGAGGAGUCAGAUUCUGACUGUUCCUCUACCUCGACAGCUCCAGCCCCGUCUCCUUAUGUAGAAGUCAGCAAAGCCGACGACGAUGAUCCUGAUCCCACCCUUCAAGCGAUCGCCGAUCGGGUCAAGACCCUCGAGCAGAGUCUGGCCGGAUCACGUAUCACUGUCUCGACCAUUGCUGCCGCCGCCAUACGCGGUGACAUGUACCAGCCCCUUGUGGGUCAGCAAUUAGUCUUCAAAGGAAUCAUAUCGUCGUCGAACUGCUCUUCUCCCCCGCAACACUCUGAAAUCAUGGGUGACACUGGUUGUGCUUCUCUGUUUAUCGACUCUUCUCAUGCCCGCGCACACAAAUACGAAACUAUCCCUCUCUCCCGGCCCGCGACACUCGAACUGGCAGACGGUUCGGAGGUCGCCGGCGUCACUCAUAUAGCUCAAGUGACCGUCAAAUUCAGCAGUCAUACCAAAGACGUCCUAGCAUACGUCACUAAGCUCUCCGGUGUGCAGAUAAUUCUAGGCACGCCUUAG